AUGGGGACGUUGCGAGACCUGCAGUACGCCUUGCAGCAAAAGAUCGAGGAGCUCCGCCAACGCGACGCUCUCAUCGACGAACUGGAGCUGGAGCUUGACCAGAAGGACGAGCUGAUCCAGAGACUUCAGAACGAGCUGGACAAGUACCGCUCCGUGAUCCGGCCCGCCACAGCCCAGCAGGUCCAGAACACCCUGGCUCUACCCGGGCCAGACCAGCACCGGAGCAAGAGGCAGGCCAUCUCCGCUGAGCCAACCGCUGUGGACUUUAGCGAACUCUGCCACACCACGCUGCCUUUCUACCCCAAGAGCCCUGAGUGA